AUGAUGGAAUGGUUCACCUCAUUACUAUCAACAACAUACGUCCUCGGCUCAAUCCCGAUUAUUCUCCUUGUCAUACUCGCAGUGACGCGGAUAGAUGGCAAUUUAUCAAGGAAAUCCUUAAUGUCAUGGUCAGUGGCUCGUCCGCUUGGCUCUCUCUACUCGUUCUUGAUAGAGAUUGCUCAGCCGGCAACUGUUACCACCAUCAGGGAUUGGGAUGCGACGGAAAUUAGGGAAUCGUCUUCAAUAAACGUUUCCAAAGAAUCUGAUUUCCCCGAGGGCUGGUGGACGGGGGAUGAGGUGUUUCGAUUGGAAAGACGGGCGAUCUUCAGUAAGGUAGGGAAUGCAUACUUCCACCAGUUUGCCUGGAUGUGUUCGGUUUAUCCCAAACGCAAAUAUCCCAACGAUGUUGAACGUGACGACGGCUGGAAUAUUGGGGAAGAAUCGCUAGAUGAAGCAUGGCUGUUCAUCGCCCACACAAGUCGCUUCGUCAAACCGGGAGACUAUCACGCUUUCGAAAUAUGCGGUUUCCCCCUUUUCCUCAUUCAAGGGAAAGAUGGCAUCAUCCGUUCUUUUCACAAUGUCUGCAGACACAGAGCGUAUCCGGUUAUCUCAAGGAAGAAAUCUGGAUCGACAACUGUGAUGGGGUGCAGAUAUCAUGGCUGGAGUUAUGAUACUCAAGGUUACUUGAUCAAAGCGCCACAGUUCGAAUGCUUGGAAGGUUUUGACAAGUCUCAGAACAGUCUGUUUGAGAUCCACACGAGGAUAACGAAACAUGGUUUUAUAUUUGUGAAUUUGGAUUCUCGUAAUGACGUGGCCGAGCCUGACCUUGAGGUUCAUGCCAUCGACAGAUUUGCGAAUGCGAAUCAAAUAUCUCAGAGGUCUUCACGGAUUGAUGGGUGGGAGGUUGAAGGGAGAUUCAAUUGGAAAUUGGCUGUCCUGGACAUGCAUGGCAAUAAUCACUCCUCAGCAAGAACGAACCAAGAAUCGGGAAAUUUACGUUCAGUUCUCCAAUCGAUGUUUAGUGUCAGCAGCAGGGAUCAAAAUGGAUACCGAUACACCAACCUGGAUGUAUUCCCUGCAACUUCAAUCCAUGUUACCGGAAAAGGAGGCAUCUGGUUUUCUGUUUCAAUAGUGCCAAUGAACGUAGGCCGCUCAUCCAUCCGCUGUGAUAUAUACGAACGCUUUGCAGUACGGAACGCAGACAGAAACCAUGCGGUGGUAGCAGAUGUAAAACCUUGGUUUGUAUCGGAGAUAGCAAAAUUGGAAACUGCUUACAAAACAUUGAAUGCCCCUGGAAGCUGCAAAACCGAUUGUGACAAUCAACUCAGCCUCAGAGAUGGGAUGGUUGCCCGUUUGCAUGACAACGCACUGCAAGAGCUCAUCCUCUCAAAUUUAAAAUCUCAUCUUACGCUCGAGCGGGUUCAGGGGGAAGAAAUCUGGCCAACUGUCCGACUGUCAAGCACCAGCGACAAAUACAAGCGAGCAAAUGAAUUAUGCAAAGAGCUCGAAGCCUUUGUUGAAGACGCCGGUUGUUCAAAGGGUCUCACUAAAACAAGGGUCAAGGACCCUCUUGAUUGGUGA